CUAAGCUAGAGUAAAAAAGUGAACCUGACGUCAAUCGAACAGGCAACCUUCUGAUCUGGAGUCAGACACGCUACCAUUGCACGACAGAUCCAAUUGUUGAUGUUAAGUGACACAGUCAAUUAUAAUCUAUGCUUUUUUGUUUUUGUUUUUGAUGGCAGUAUAGCUGUUUGUAAAACUCCCAUUUCGCAAUCACCUUGGUGGAGAAGCAGCAGCGGCAAUCAUUUCUUCUCCAAGUUCAGGUGCGUUGAUAAAAUGAGCUUAAUCUUUAGAAAAAAGUCUUCAUCAAGUCUGCAAUUGUAUCGAAGUCUUUAUGUAACUUCUUUGAUUACUCAUGUUUCAGAACCAAUUCAUUCUUCAAAACCCCUAGAAAAUUUAUGUCAUAAACUUUCAAGUUCUAGGGUUUUAUCAAGAAGUAGUCGUUUAUGUUUUUCUACGCAGUCAAGUAACAAGUUUCCUGAAUAUGAAAUGCCAACAGUAACAUGGGGUGUAGUACAAGGAAGAAAAGAAAAGCUGGUAUCUAGAGUUAUUAUUUGUGAUUAUCUAAAAGGUUUAGGUAUAAUACCUGAUGAAUUAGAAGAUUUAGAAUUACCAUCAACAAUUGAAGUGAUGAAAGAACGAGUUGAAUUCCUUCAAAAGAUUGGAUUAACUAUUGAUGAUAUAAAUGAGUAUCCAUUAAUGUUAGGUUGUAGUGUUAGAAAAAAUAUUAUACCUGUUUUAGGUUAUUUAGAAAAAGUUGGAAUUUCUAGACCGAAAUUGGGAGAGUUUAUUAAGAGUUAUCCUCAAGUUCUUCAUGCUAGUGUCGUUGUUGAGCUUGUUCCAGUGAUUAAAUUUCUUCGUGGUAUAGAUAUUGAGAGACAAGAUAUUGGUUAUGUAUUGAUGAAAUAUCCUGAGAUUUUAGGAUUUAAGCUUGAAGGAACAAUGAGUACUUCUGUUGGUUAUUUGGUUAGUAUUGGUGUGAAUCCUAGAGAUAUUGGACCAAUGGUAACUCAAUUUCCUUGUCUUUUAGGAAUGAGAGUUGGUACUAGGAUUAAGCCGACUGUUGAUUACUUGGUAUCGUUUGGCAUUCCGAAAAAGAUUAUGGCUAGGAUGCUUGAAAAACGACCGAAUGUUCUUGGGUAUGAUCUUGAAGAGACUAUCAAACCGAAUGUGGAUUGUUUAGUUAGUUUUGGCAUACGAAGAGAGAUGCUUGCAUCAGUUAUUGCUCAAUACCCGCAGAUUCUGGGGCUUCCUUUGAAGGCUAAAUUGUCUUCGCAGCAAAAUUUUUUCAAUCUGAAGCUUAAGAUUGAUCCGGAAGGUUUUGCAAGGGUCAUUGAGAAGAUGCCACAGAUAGUUAGUCUUAACCAGACUGUAAUUUUGAGACCCAUUGAGUUCCUUCGUGCAAGGGGAAUAUUUGCAGAAGAUGUGGCAAGAAUGGUUAUCAAGUGUCCACAGUUGGUUGCUCUUCAAGUUGAGUCCAUGAAGAACAGUUUUCACUUCCUCAAGUGUGAAAUGAAGCGAGCGUUCGAAGAGGUUAUAGAGUUCCCUGAAUACUUCACAUAUAGCUUGGAUUCAAGAAUAAAACCUAGAUAUCAGAGGUUAGCGAAUAAAGGGAUUAGAUGUAGUUUGGCAUGGUUUCUUAACUGUAGCGAUCAGAGAUUUGAAGAGAGGUUACAAGCUGAUUAUAUUGAGGUAGAAAGUGAAGGGCCUUCAUUUUUUAUGGGAGGGAAGUUGGAUUUACCAGGGGGUGAACUUGUCUCUGACGAGGAUGAAGAUGAGAGUGACGGUGAAGUUCUCUAUAGACGUACUGUUUCCUUGUAACUUUAUGCAAUUUUGUCUAUCUUCUUUUCAAACACAAAUUAUUGCUCGUCUUUAACCAAUCGGGCCCUUCAGCAUCUUCAAGCCCGGAGCAAAUUAGUCCCUUUCAUUGUCUUUAAAUUUCAUUCUGUUUUGUGUAACCUUAGAGGAUAAGGGAGACUAUAGUGCAG